CUUCAACCGAACAACAUCGGGGAAGGGGAGCUGGAGGUGGAAUAUCUACCUACUUACCUAGAGGUACCUAUCAUUCAUCACAGUCAGUAUAAUCCCCCUCCCAGUUCAGAGUGGUGGUUAGAUCAAGUUCAGUUCCACCUCGUUCCCUCGCACAUCCUCCCAACCUUGCGCGUCAACUUGUACUCAAGGUAGUACCACUUCGGUUCGUUUCGUUGACCACAUUUUCACCUGAACGCAUCUCAUUCUCUACUUUUAUAAACCCCCCACUUUCUCCCCUCCCUUCCACCAGACAUCAGUUUGUUCGCAGAUGUAACCACAGCCAUAUUGGCCGCAUGAACCAUCAUUGACUUACGAAAGACAAACGGUGACUUUCACGGCGCCAUUCUGCCAGUUUCUGCUAUCUGGUAUUGUUUAAUAUCACAACAACUAAGUAGUUCCGGAUCUGUCUAGAUCCAGAUCUGACUUGACGGAUGGCUGAAGAAGGAAGUAGUUCUCCGCUGUCCUCCGUCCUCUCUUCUCCUCCGGCCUCACCUCCCCGGAGCGUGAGUGGGGACUGGGAUGCUAUCCUUGUCCAAAAGAUUGAUACUGCUGCGCAGGUGACUUUGGAGGAGAUAGCAGCCGAAAAGUCAACGGUCGAGGAACCAGCAGUUGAGGAACCAGCAGUCGAGGAACCAGCAGUCGAGGAACCAGCAGUCGAGGAACCAGCAGUCGAGGAACCAGCAGUCGAGGAACCAGCAGUCGAGGUACCAGCAGUUGAGGAACCAGCAGUUGAGGAACCAGCAAUUGAGGAACAAACAGUCGAGGAACCAACAGUCGAGGAACCAACAGUCGAGGAACCAACAGUCGAGGAACCAACAGUCGAGGAACCAACAGUCGAGGAACCAACAGUCGAGGAGCCAGCAACCAAAAAGACAGCAACCAAAAGGUCAGCAACCAAAAGGUCAGCGGCCAAAAGGUCAGCAACCAAAAGGUCAGCGGCCAAAAAGCCAGCGGCCAAAAAGCCAGCAGUCGAGCAAGGAUAUGUCAAGGAGCCAGAGGUUCAAGGACCUGAAGAACCUGAAGGAGAACCGGCCACGCCGUUGGCGGCACCAAGUGCUUGCCCUGAAAACAAGACAGAAUUUCGACCAUCUGAUCAGUUAGAAGCUCAGCAACCAGAAGAGAAAGGGUCUACAUCCUGGGCCGCCAUAAAUCUCCCACCACCGAAACUACGAUCAGUCAAUAAACCAGAAGUUCCAACACGUGAAGAAGAACCAAUUGCUCCAUCAGCUGCGCCAAGUUCCGUUCCCAAGAAGAGAAAAUCAUUGCCUGAAGCAGUCAGUUCUAAAGAGGGUGUGGCUGAUUCACGCAAUAUCCUCAAACCAAAACUGACGAGGGGCGCGUGUACUCCUUGCCGUGAGAACAAGCUGAAGUGCCUAAAAGAGAAGCCAAUCUGCUCACGAUGUUCUGGAUCUGGCACGCAUUGUGUUUAUGCUUUUGAACAGCCGCGAAAAGGAGUUUCAGCAGCGGCUCGCUCAGUUUCGUUCAAGGCUGAGGCCGUUCCAGCGGAUGUAGGCGAGCCAAAAGCUUUGAGUCCGCAGGAUGCGCAUGCGGAUUCGGCAGUACAGGACCUGGAAGUUGAGAAGGAAAUCGCCACACCGGCAAUUAAAGCAGCAACAGUCGCCGAUUCCUCGAUCAAUGGACAGGGCUUCAAAGGUCCGAAAAAUGAGGACCCAAGUACAGUGACGAAAAGGGCACGCAAAAGGGCAAGUGGGCAAACGCCAGAGGAAGCCGUCCUUAAAACCGAUGCAUGGAGUUCGAAAGCUACACGUCAUUCUGGAAGCAGUGAUGAGCAGCUGGGUACUGAGCUCGGAAAGCGUAAAGCCUCGGACCAGGACAAAUCUAGCACUACUAAAAGGCCACGACAUGCCGGAGAUGCACCAAAGAAAACAAACCUGGACAGAAAGUGGGAAGCACCUUUCGUCUAUACCGAUGAGAAAUCACCUCUUACCAAUGCUGAUCUCAGAGCGAUUCUGCUGCUUCCACGAGCAUGGGAUGUGUUGACACCAGAUGAGAGGAAAGACAUCCUCGCUAAAUUCCCCGACGACAGCCAUAUCUUGGACCCAGGGACCGAGAUUGCCCGACCGGAUCUUGUCUCCUUGCGCAACAACGAUCACUUCAGAUAUGAUUGUGCUCGGUACCUUGAAAACAUUGAGCGGGGUCGACAUGAUGAACAAUGGCUUCAGGAGGCCUGGGUCGCUCAUGAAAAGCACAAACGAGGCGACUAUGACGAUUUUCUGAUAAAGGAGUUUGAGAACGACUGGGCAACAAAGAUACCAGCGGAGUUGCUCCAAAAGACCAGCCGUAAGAAUGAGACGCUCGCGGCAGAUGCUGUAGCAGUGUCCGAGAACAAGGCAAUAGCAAAGGAACAGCAUAAGGCUCUUCCUGGACGCAUCAAGAGCGCUUCAGUGAUACAAGAAGUACCUCCUGCCGAUACAGCAUCUGUUGUUAUGGCCGAGACGAAUACGAACCAUAUCGCUGAUUAUCACCCUAACGGCCUUGAAGAAUCCAAUACGAAUGGGGCACGGUAUACUGAACUACGGUUCGAAGUACCACACGAGGUUGAUUGAUGCUUCUGCAAAGCAAUAGAACACAGAAUACCAGCGAGGAAGACGUAUUCCGAUCUUUGUCUAUGACGGGUCCCGACUUUGAAGCACCGCCGUAUUUACCAGUAAUUAAUAUACCACCCCAACUAUGAAGGAUGUACAGAUCUCAGUCACUUGAACGAACUAGGGCGGUAAUUCGGGAAGCGUAAAGUGACCACAGUCGCAGGAUAGAGAUCCAGGGCUACGAAUGCAUGAUAAUAUUUGGAAGAGCGCAAUUUACGGCGGAGAAAACAUACGUAGAGUCAGGUUUAUGUAGUAUCCCACCCUUUCUCGGCACCCUAUUUCGGAAACAUGGACAACUGAGCGUUGUAACACGGAAUGAGGCCGGAAGAGAGAAUCACAAAUCUCUG